UCAGUGUUGCAUCACCUCCAGGCGCGGUUCCGGAGCGUGGUCGCCGGCUGCAACCCGGGCUCGCCCCGGGGUUCCCCAGCUACAGAAUGGUCCAACAAGUUCCAGAAAAUAUCCAUUUUCCUGAUGAAGAAGAGAAAACCUUGCAGUUCUGGUCCAAACAUAACUGCUUCCAGGAAUGCUUAAAGCAGUCAAAGAACAAGCCAAAAUUUACCUUCUAUGAUGGGCCUCCCUUUGCAACUGGGCUGCCUCACUAUGGACAUAUACUUGCGGGGACAAUUAAAGACAUAGUUACAAGAUAUGCCCACCAGAGUGGUUUUCACGUUGACAGAAGAUUUGGAUGGGAUUGUCAUGGCUUACCUGUGGAAUAUGAAAUUGAUAAGACACUGGGGAUCAAAGGGCCAGAGGAUGUGGCCAAAAUGGGGAUUGCGGAGUAUAACAGACAGUGCCGAGCAAUUGUGAUGAGAUACUCUACUGAGUGGAAGUCUACCGUUACCAGACUCGGCCGAUGGAUUGACUUUGACAAUGACUACAAAACUCUAUACCCGCAAUUCAUGGAAUCAGUCUGGUGGGUCUUCAAGCAACUGUAUGACAAAGGCCUUGUGUACAGAGGCGUGAAAGUCAUGCCGUUCUCCACUGCUUGUGGCACUCCACUUUCUAACUUCGAAUCAAACCAGAAUUACAAGGAUGUUCAGGAUCCUUCAGUAUUUGUAACCUUCCCUCUGGAGGAAGAUGAAAACACAUCCUUAGUUGCUUGGACAACCACUCCUUGGACUUUGCCUAGUAAUCUUGCCUUGUGUGUCAAUCCAGAAAUACAGUAUGUGAAGAUCAAAGAUGUUUCCAGGGGAAAAUUGUUUAUUUUAAUGGAAGCCAGAUUAUCGGCCCUCUAUAAGCUAGAAAGUGAUUACGAGAUCCUUGAAAGGUUUCCUGGAGCCUCUCUCAAAGGCAAGAAAUACAAGCCAUUGUUUGACUACUUUAUUAAGUAUAAAGAGAGCGGGGCCUUCACCGUGCUUGUUGACCACUAUGUGAAGGAUGAAGAAGGCACAGGAGUCGUGCACCAGGCCCCUUACUUUGGUGCUGAUGACCAUCGGGUCUGCAUGGACUUCAACAUCAUUCAGAAAGACUCAACCCCCGUUUGCCCUGUGGAUGCUUCAGGCUGCUUCACAGAAGAAGUGACACAUUUUGUGGGACAGUACGUGAAGGAUGCUGACAAGAAUAUCAUUAGGAUGUUGAAGGAACAGGACCGGCUGCUUGCGGCCAGCACCUUCACUCACAGCUACCCUUUCUGCUGGAGGUCAGACACUCCCCUCAUUUACAAGUCGGUGCCCAGCUGGUUUGUGCGAGUGGAGCACAUGGUGGACCAGCUACUGAAGAACAAUGAUCUGUGUUACUGGGUCCCAGAGUUCGUACGAGAAAAACGGUUUGGAAAUUGGCUGAAGGAUGCACGUGACUGGGCAAUCUCCAGAAACAGAUACUGGGGCACGCCCAUCCCACUGUGGGUCAGUGAUGACUUCGAGGAGGUUGUUUGCGUCGGAUCAGUGGCAGAGCUUGAAGAAUUGUCGGGAACCAAAGUCUCAGAUCUCCACAGAGAGAGCAUUGACCACCUGACCAUCCCAUCCCGCUGUGGGAAAGGAGCCUUGCGGCGCGUCUCCGAGGUGUUUGACUGUUGGUUUGAGAGUGGAAGUAUGCCCUAUGCCCAGGUUCAUUAUCCAUUUGAGAGCAAGAGAGAGUUUGAGGAUGCUUUUCCUGCAGACUUCAUUGCCGAAGGCAUCGAUCAAACCAGAGGAUGGUUCUACACCCUGCUAGUGCUGGCCACAGCCCUCUUUGGACAACCACCCUUCAAGAACGUGAUUGUGAACGGACUCAUCUUGGCAAGUGAUGGCCAAAAAAUGAGCAAACGGAAAAAGAACUACCCAGAUCCAGUUUCCAUCAUCAAUAAGUAUGGUGCUGAUGCCCUCAGGUUAUAUCUGAUCAAUUCCCCUGUAGUAAGAGCAGAGAACCUCCGCUUUAAGGAGGAAGGUGUGCGGGAUGUCCUCAAGGAUGUGCUUCUCCCGUGGUACAACGCAUACCGCUUUCUCGUCCAGAAUGUCUUUAGGCUUCACAAGGAAGAUGGAGUGGAAUUCUUGUACAAUGAGCACACAGUCAGAGAAAGCCCUAACAUCACUGACCGGUGGAUUCUGUCCUUCAUGCAGUCUCUCAUUGGAUUCUUUGAGACUGAAAUGGCAGCUUACAGACUAUAUACUGUGGUGCCACGCCUGGUCAAGUUUGUAGAUAUUCUGACCAAUUGGUAUGUCCGAAUGAACAGGAGAAGGUUAAAGGGUGAGAACGGGACGGAAGACUGUGUGGUGGCUCUGGAGACCUUGUUCAGCGUCCUGCUUUCUUUGUGCAGGCUGAUGGCCCCUUAUACUCCGUUUCUUACUGAAUUGAUGUACCAGAAUCUAAAGACGCUGAUCGACCCUGUUUCUGUUCGGGACAAGGACACACUCAGCAUCCACUACCUCAUGCUGCCACGUGUUCGAGAAGAACUGAUUGACAAGAAAACGGAGAACGCAGUGUCUAGAAUGCAGUCCGUGAUUGAACUCGGACGAGUGAUACGAGACCGGAAAACUAUUCCAAUAAAGUAUCCUUUGAAGGAAAUUGUGGUUAUCCACCAAGACCCAGAAGCUCUUGAGGAUAUCAAGUCCUUGGAGAAGUAUAUCAUUGAGGAAUUAAAUGUUCGAAAAGUUACGCUGUCUACUGAUAAAAACAAGUAUGGUAUUCGACUAAGGGCAGAACCAGAUCACAUGGUCCUAGGGAAGCGUCUGAAGGGAGCCUUUAAAGCAGUGAUGGUGGCCAUAAAGCAGCUGAGCAAUGAGGAGCUAGAGCAGUUCCAGAAAAGCGGGAGUAUUGUUGUGGAAGGCCAUGAAUUGCACGAGGAAGAUCUUCGCCUCAUGUACACCUUUGACCAGGCCACAGGAGGUACUGCACAGUUUGAAGCACACUCUGAUGCGCAGGCUUUAGUUCUCUUAGAUGUCACACCUGACCAGUCAAUGGUGGAUGAAGGCAUGGCUCGGGAGGUCAUCAAUCGUAUCCAGAAGCUUCGCAAGAAGUGCAAUCUGGUUCCAACUGAUGAAAUAACAGUUUAUUAUAAUGCAAAAUCUGAAGGAAGAUACUUGAAUAACGUCAUUGAAAGCCACACCGACUUCAUAUUUGCCACUAUCAAAGCUCCCUUGAAACCAUAUCCAGUUCCUUCAUCGGAUAAUGUCCUUAUUCAGGAACAAACACAGCACAGCCACGCUGUCCCUCAUCAUGUGCUUUCUGCUCAGUUGAAAGGGUCGGAACUGGAGCUCACACUCACCAGAGGAUCCUGUGUGCCCGGUCCUGCUUGUGCUUACGUAAACCUUAACAUCUGUGUGAAUGGCACUGAGCAAGGUGGAGUACUGCUUUUGGAGAAUCCGAAAGGUGACAAUAAAUUGAACCUUGUAAAGCUGAAGUGUGUUGUUACCAGCAUAUUUGGUGUUAAGAAUGCGGAGCUGUCAGUCUUCCACGGAGAAACGGAAAUACAGAACCAGACUGACCUGCUGAGUCUGAGUGGAAGGACACUGUGUGUGACUGCAGGAGCAGCCCCCUCUGCCACCAACAGCCCCAGCACGCUUCUGUGUCAGUAUAUCAAUCUGCAGCUCCUAAAUGCGGAGCCACAAGAGUGUUUGACAGGAACUGUGGGCACUCUCCUGCUUGAAAACCCGCUUGGACAGAAUGGACUCAGCCACCAAGGGCUUGUGUAUGAGGCAGCCAAAGUGUUUGGACUGCGGAGCAGGAGGCUGAAGCUGUUUCUGAAUGAGACUCAAACGCAGGAAAUUACAGAAGAUAUCCCAAUGAAGACUCUGAACAUGAAGACUGUGUACGUGUCUGUCCUGCCAACAACUGCAGAUGGCUAAUAGUGAUCCAUGUAGCCUUAAUCAGCCCUGCCCUGACUUCUGUCCAUCUCCUUACACGUACACACACACGGGCUCAGCGAAGGUGUUUUCUGUGGCCACAUGUCUGAUAUGCUGCUUUGAACCAACAGUUCAGAUGGGAUUGACUGACCUGAGACCUUACAUAAUGUUCACAUAUAACCUUAAACACCUAUGCAGUCAUGUUGGGGGAGGGUCCUAAUGUUACCUCAGCGCCACAAAGCUUAUUUCUAUACUUGAGUUCUUUAGUACAGAAGGCAGGAGUGGUUUAGAUGGCAUAGUACAUAUAUAUGUAUAUCAUUUUAUGGCCUUGUGAAACUGAUUUGAGACCUUGUGAAGAAAUGGACAUGUUAUGUUAUAUAUUUCUGCUACCUGGAUUUUCCUGGGUGAUUUGAUGAGAUAUUUUAAGUUUGAUUAAAUCAAAACAGUAAACACUCUCUUA